CUCACCACUGAAGAGUCAAUCAAGAUCUCCAUUGUGUGGCCUCAAUUCGCCCCUCCAAAUCCAAGCCUCAGCAGCGCACACCCCGCAACCGUUCUUCUUCCCGCAUCUCGAGGUCUCCUCCCUUGCGUGCGUGCGCGCGUCCAUGGCUGCCUCGCUGACGGCCGCGGGGUGCAGAGCCCUCCCUUCCUCCUUCCAUGGAAGCUGGACCAGCUCCUUCGCGGGUGAAGACCGCGCAGCGUUGGCCAGGCACGUCACCGUGGUCUUGGUUCGAGCUGCUCGGCCGCGGCGGUCAUCUCCUAGGAUGGGCAACGUGAACGAAGGCAAAGGCCUCUUCGCGCCGGUCGUCGUGCUGGUUCGCAACAUCAUCGGUCGCAAGCGAUUCAAUCAGCUCAGGGGGAAGGCUAUCGCUCUCCAUUCACAGGUGAUCACAGAGUUCUGCAGGACUAUAGGUGCUGAUGGUAAACAGAGGCAAGGUUUGAUCCGAUUGGCCAAAAAGAACGGGGAGAAGCUUGGAUUCCUGGCAUGAGAGGUCAUUCGAUGCUUGUGGAAGAGGAUAUCCCUCAUGAAUGAGAACGUAAGAAAGUCGUAGCACCUGUGUAUCUUUAUGCAUCAUAAGGUUGAUUUGCUUCCUUCUCGGGGUGAUCUGGCAUCUUGUUCUAUGUGGCUGCUUUUUCUCUUACAUGGUAAAGAGAUUUUUGGUUAACUGAUUUGAUAGUAAAAGUUAUUUGAUAGAAUUUUAUAGUAAAAGUUAUUUUGGUUUAA